AUGAGUGAGCAAGGGAAAAGCUCUGCAUCUGCUGCUGCCGCGGCCCCGCCAGCAGCAGGCUCGGAUACUUACAAAGGUUGGCUUUUUAAAUGGACCAACUAUCUAAAAGGAUACCAGCGGCGAUGGUUCGUCCUGAGCAACGGCCUGCUUUCGUAUUACAGGACACAGGCAGAAAUGGCGCACACUUGCCGUGGGACAAUCAAUCUGGCCACGGCUCACAUUGACACAGAGGAUGCCUGUAAUAUCGUCCUAAGCAGCAGUGGUCGGACAUACCACUUGAAAGCGAGUACUGAACUGGAGCGGCAGCGAUGGACCACAGCCCUUGACUUGGCUAGAACUAAAGCCAUUCGCAUGAUGAAUGACCAGUCUGAUGACUCAGGAGACGAGGAUCCGGGAUCCCAAUCGGACCGCAGUGAGAUUCAGGGAACUUUAAAGAUACUCAUCAGCAAGCUCGAUGACCUCAGCACAUGCAAUGACUUGAUUGCCAAGCACGGGGCCGCCUUGCAACGAUCUCUAAGUGAGCUUGAAGGCCUGAAAGUUCCAGUGGAGGGCGGGGAGAAGAUCAAGGCAGUCAAUGAGCGAGCCACCCUCUUUCGUAUCACUUCCAAUGCUAUGAUCAAUGCUUGUCGAGACUUUCUGGACCUAGCUGAGACCCACAGUAGGAGGUGGCAACGGGCACUGCAGUAUGAGCGUGAGCAGCGUGCCCACUUGGAGGAGACUAUUGAGCAGUUAGCCAAGCAGCACAACAGUUUGGAGCGCGCGUGGAGGGCGGGACCUACGCUUUCAUCCAGUACACCCAGUGCACCAACCAACAAGAAGGCAAGUGAGAGGCCGCUCCAAGGAGAGGCGAGUGACGAAGAUGAGGAUACUGAGUACUUUGAUGCCAUGGAGGAUUCCCCUGCAUUUAUCACAGUGACUGCCACAGACAACACACAGCACAGGCGAUCUCAGACAAGUUUGAGUGGAGCAAUUGGAGGCAAUUCCUACGACUGGAACCAAGACGAUCACAUGUCUCCGAGCUAUAACGAUGUGUCAGGGAAGGAGCUGCAGCCGCGCAGACAACGGCGGACGCGUGUUCCAGACAAGCCUAACUACUCCCUCAAUUUGUGGAGCAUCAUGAAAAACUGUAUCGGCAAGGAGCUCUCCAAAAUUCCCAUGCCUGUGAACUUCAAUGAGCCUCUAUCAAUGCUGCAGCGUCUGACCGAAGACUUGGAGUAUCAUGAGCUUCUGGAUAAGGCGGCGCGCUGCGACUCCUCGCUGGAGCAGAUGUGUCUAGUGGCUGCCUUCUCCGUCUCUUCCUACUCCACCACAGUUCACCGGACAGCCAAGCCCUUUAACCCGCUCUUGGGGGAGACCUAUGAGCUUGACCGCCUCGAGGAGUUUGGCUACCGCUCACUGUGUGAGCAGGUGAGCCAUCACCCUCCUGCAGCUGCACAUCAUGUGAUUUCCCAACGGGGCUGGACCUUGUGGCAGGAAAUCACCAUUGGCAGCAAGUUCCGUGGAAAAUACCUCUCCAUAAUGCCUUUGGGUGCAAUCCAUCUGCUAUUCCACUCUAGCGGCAACCACUACGUGUGGAGAAAAGUCACGUCCACUGUGCACAACAUCAUUGUGGGCAAGCUUUGGAUUGACCAGUCAGGUGACAUCGAGAUAGUGAAUCACAGGACCAAAGAGACCUGUCAACUCAAAUUUUCUCCCUACAGUUAUUUCUCCAGGGAUGUUGCUCGGAAGGUGACAGGUGUAGUGGCUGACACUGGAGGCCAGGCUCAUUACAUCCUGUCAGGAACAUGGGAUGAGAAAAUCGAGAGUGCCAAGAUCAUUCAGAGCAGUCGAGGCGGUAGUGGAUCAGAAGGCAAGCAGAAGACCAUCUACCAGACCUUGCCUCCCAAACUUUUAUGGAAGAAGUAUCCGCUUCCAGAGAAUGCUGAGAACAUGUACUACUUCUCAGCGCUGGCGCUGACCCUGAACGAGCCGGACGACGGAGUCUGUCUGACCGACAGCCGUCUGAGACCGGACCAGCGGCUGAUGGAAGAAGGUCAAUGGGAUGAAGCCAACUCAGAGAAGCAAAGGUUAGAAGAGAAGCAGAGAGCCGUGAGGAGGAGGAGAGAAGCGGAGGCCUCAGAUGCUCUGGAUGAAGAAUGUGAUAAUGAAUCUGGUCGCGAAUACGAAGGCUACCAGCCGCUGUGGUUUCAUCAGAGGAGGGACUCGGUCACCGGAGAGACAAACUUUGUGUACAAAGGGGGCUACUGGGAGGCCAAGGAGAGACAGGACUGGACAAUGUGCCCCAAUAUAUUCUAA